GCCCAGACACGCCAGAUGGAUACAGUCGGACUACGCGGACGCAUCAUUACGCACCAGACCGACUCCUGAGAAAAAAUCAAGCGAAAAGGAGGAUUUAAAAUAUUUCCACACUGAACUGAUUAUUUAUUUGUACCACAAGUUGCUCCUCCACAUGGAUACCGGCUGUUUCACCGCGGCGCAGCGCAUUUCGUGCCACGCCAUGAAUGCGGAUUUAUUCAAGCCUGCUGCUCCGGCGGAGAGAGCUGGACCUCAACAGUCUUCAGCUCCUCCGGUGAAAACCAGCAGGAAUAAUAAACCCGAAAUCAAGCCGGAGCUGGCCCAGGUGGUGACGGACUCAAAAACGGGGAGAUCCUACAGUAAAGGGAAGCUUUUGGGAAAGGGUGGCUUUGCUCGAUGCUACGAGAUGACAGACCUUUCCAGCAACAAAAUGUAUGCCGUGAAGGUGAUCCCACAGAGCAGGGUGUCCAAACCGCACCAAAGGGACAAGAUCACGAAUGAGAUCGAGCUCCACAAAACCCUGUCGCACAAGCAUGUGGUGAAAUUCUCCCAUCACUUCGAAGACCAGGAGAACAUUUACAUAUUCCUCGAGCUCUGCAGUCGGAAGUCCCUGGCACACAUUUGGAAGGCAAGACACACGCUCACGGAGCCAGAAGUGCGGUAUUACCUCCGACAGAUCAUAUCAGGCCUCAAGUACAUCCACAGCAGAGGAAUCCUGCACAGAGAUCUCAAACUAGGCAACUUCUUUGUCAACGAGAACAUGGAGCUGCGGCUGGGAGACUUCGGCCUCGCUGCCAAGCUGGAGACAGUCGAGCAGAGGAAAAAGUACGAAACAAUCUGCGGGACUCCCAACUACUUGGCCCCCGAGGUGCUCAACAGACAAGGCCACGGCACGGAGUCUGACGUCUGGUCCCUCGGCUGUGUCAUGUACACACUGAUGUGUGGCAACCCUCCUUUUGAGACUCUCGACCUGAAGGAGACCUACAAGUGUAUAAAGGAAGUUCGGUACAACUUGCCAUCCUCGCUUUCCCCCCCUGCGCAGAAACUCAUCUCAGCUAUCCUGCAGAAAAACCCCAGCGACCGACUCGCACUGGAUCAAAUCCUCAAUCACGAGUUCUUCACCAAAGGUUUCACCCCUGAUAAGCUUCCCCCAAGCAGCUGUGUGAUGGUGCCAGAGCUGCACCCCCCCAGCCCUGCCAAGAAAUUCUUCACUAAAAUGGCAAAGAGCUUCUUUGGCAAGAAGAAAGCAAAAGUGGAGAAGAUCCCAUGCGAGGAAAAAGAUGACAAAGACAUUUCCAAGCUGGUGUCCGGCAUCGUUAAAUGCUCCAUCAACAGGCAGAUCAGUUACAAGACAGUGGGACCCAAUGAGGUGCCCUCUCCCAUCGGUCAGGUAGUCAGCUCCGUGCCUCUGGAGCCAACUCCUGCUGAGGAGGAAUCCAGGAAGUCAAUCUCUCGCUCCUUCAAGGGCACCACGGCCAGCAGCUCUGAACCGUGUGAGGACAUCCUGACCCCCGCAGCUGUGUCUGAAUCGGCCGUGAAAGUUCUCAACGGCUGCCUGGCUACCAUGCCUGCAGCCACUAGAAACCCGCCCUGUUUGUCCAGGCCCCAGUCCUUCCUGUGGGUCACUAAAUGGGUCGACUACUCAAACAAAUACGGCUUUGGCUACCAGCUCUCUAACCAAAGCAUCGGUGUGCUCUUCAAUGAGGGAACACGGCUCAGCCUUUGUGACCAACGCAAGACAGUCCACUACUGCUUCCCCAACAACAAACACUUCACUUUUGCUGCCGACGCUCUACCUGAGCAGCUUCGCAGCCAGAAACAAAUUGUAGAGCUCAUGGCCAACUACAUGGAGCAGAACCUUAUGGAGGGUGGAGAUCUGCAUUGUGAGGAUCAAGUAUCAGGUUGUCCUCCUCUACUGCUCCAGUGGGUGAAGACUGACCACGCUCUUCUCAUGCUCUUCAACAAUGGCACUCUACAGGUGAACUUUUACGCAGACCACACCAAGAUCAUCCUGUGCAAGUCGUCUGACGACUCCUACCUGCUCACCUACAUCAGCCGGGAGCGCGUCUCAUGCACGUACCUCCUCAGCAUGCUGAACGAGAUGGGCUGCACCUCCGAACUGAGACACCGACUGCGAUACGUUAUCCAGCUGCUCCAACAUCACGCUGAUGCCUGAGAGCGCUGCUCAGUGCCUCCCAGGCUGCCCGAUUGGCAGAUGCCUUAGAGGCGACCUGACCGGUUAACACCUCUUCUUAGGCAGCCUGACUGGUUGAUAUAAUUUCUCAAGGCGGUGACGAGCCGACGGACAUAAAGCUGCUCAGAAGUGUUGAGCAAAUAUUUUUGUCUGAACUGGUGCUUAGGCAGCUGAUGAUCAGAUCGAUUCACCUUGAUGAACAUCAAGCAGUCAGGAAGUUCUGCCUCAAGGGUUUGUGCCUGUCCAGCUUCUGCCUCAAAGGUAUCCACCUGGAAGGUAUUGAUACCUGAAAUAAGAGACUCCUACCUGGCCUAAAAUGAUGGAUCCCUCACAGGCAGAUGCCUAAAUGAACUCCCAAUUACCUUCCUCACUCACUCAAAACCACUGCUUCUAGGCUGGAUCUUUCAAAAAGCCACCAACCAGCUUCCACUGAUAGCCGAAAAUACAGGCAUGGUUUCUCAAAGGUAUCUAAACACUAAAAUGUAUUUGCUCGCAACGGAACAAGGAUAAUCUUGCAGCUGGAAUUCGUUUUAGGCUCUGUUUUCCUAAAGUGUUUUAGCAGCGAGGUCAUUUAUGCCGUUGACUUGCACUGGAAUUGUCAUCUUGCAGCAGAGAUGCUUUGGGAAGAACUGUGGUUUGAUUGGAGAGAGAGAGACCCUCCUACCCUCGGUUGGUUUCUGGCCUGUUUGGACUAUGGUGCACACAUUAAUUUUUUUGUUUCUCGUUUUUAAAAAAAGAAGAAAUUGAGCCAACUAUAGGAUCACACUACGAUCUUGACCUCACAUGCACAAAUAACAUUCCUGGCCUUAUUUGAUGAUGGUGAUGCUAAGGUUCGGAGAAGGUUAUUGCUUCUUCUGAUCCAACAUCGCUUUUGUCUUUUCUUUUUUGUUGUUAGAACAAAUUUCACUGAUGUGGUACACGGCAUACUAAAGGGGCUAUGGGAGCAACACAAUUUUGCACCUUUUUUUUGUAAAUUCAUCUGGAAAGUGAAACCUUUUACUACCACUUAUUAUGAUUUUUUUUUUAUUUGUUUUUAACUAAAUACCAAAAGGCAUUUUCUUUGUUGGUUUUUAAAAUGAUUCAGUUUUAAAUUCACAAUGCAGUAGGUGAAUGUGUGUGUGCUGGUAAACAAAACUGUUGUUUGGAAAAUGAGGGUGGGGAGGGGGGGAUAAAAGUGCCUUUCUGAGGGAUGUAUGUAUUGUGCAAUAACAACCCUUUGUGAAUGUCAAGCUGGAUACAAACAAGAAUCGAGAGAUGGGUUUUACAAGUGGGAUUUACUUUUGUACUGUGAGCAAAGUUUAGAAGUAAGUCCAAUAGCACUACACUCUCACUACCUGGUAUAAGCUUUUAGAACAACUGGCAUCAUAAGUAUAUAUCCCAGUAAUAUCUACUAUGGAAAAAAGAAAACAUUGUACUUUGUUGUACUGUACUGUAAUCCUUAUCGGUUUACAUCGCUUUCUCGACCCAGAGUUGUAUCCUAAAAACUGUGACCUGGAAUGCAAGUAUUACGUACAUGUGUUUUCAAAAAACCCAACAUUGUGAAAGCCAUCUGCCAAUUCAGAAGAGUCUUUAUUUUUUUGGCACAUAAUGUCCUGUUUAUUUAUUUUUUAUUUAUACAUGUUUUUUUAUUUAUUGUUGUUUAAAUGUUACGGUCUUGACACAAGGAAAUGUUCAACUCCGAUCACCUUUUGUAUGUAACAUAUUUGGGGGGGAAAAUGGGACAAAAAUAAAGUUUAUUGAAAAUGAA